GCUGUGAGAAACCACAUUAAAGUUCAUAAUCGUCUAGAUUCAUAUGACUGUGAGGAAUGUGAGAAAUCAUUUGCAACCAAAUAUCGUCUAAAAGCUCACUUGAAAACUCAUAUUGAUAGGGAUAGACCUCAUAAGUGUAGAGUUUGCAAUAAAUCCUUUUAUACACGUUAUCAUCUGAAUACGCACAUGAGAUCCCAUGAAGGAGUAAGAAAUUUUGUUUGUGAACUAUGUGGCAAGGCCUUGUCCACACAAAAGACCCUGGAGCUUCAUGCACUGACUCACACUGGUGAGAAGCCAUUCCAAUGUGAGAUCUGUGGUUCUACUUUUAGGCAGAGAAGUAACCUGCUCACGCAUAUCAAAGCAACACAUUAUCAAGAAAAGAAUUAUCAUUGUCAGAUGUGUCAAAAAUCUUUUGUAAGAAAGAGGCUUUUAGUUUAUCACAUGAAUAGUGUUCACACUGGCCAAAGGCCAUACAAGUGUGAACUGUGUAAUGCUAGCUUUGUGUACCCACAUUAUUACAAGAGGCAUUUACGAAAACACACUGGAAUCAAGCCACACAAAUGUAAUGUUUGUGGUAAGACUUUUGCUUCAAGGGAAAACCGUAAUGCUCACAUGUUCAUACACUCUGACAAAAAGCCAUACGAAUGCAAAAUCUGUGGGGCAGGUUUCAUGCGAAAGCCAUUGUGUGUGUCACAUUUGGCAAAUCAUGGCCACACUGAAAAUGCCGAGGACUAUAUACUUUUUAAUUCUCCGAGCCUACUAGUUGGUGGCCACGAAGAAUUGAUAGUAGCUGAAGAUGAGGAAGCAGCGCGUGCUGUUCAUGCAGUCAGGAUGGCUGAAGAAACCAGUGCACAAGAAACAAUAGUAGCAGAAUCAACACAGAUAAUGCGUGAUACAAAAGUAGUGAAGGUUAUGUCUAGACCUGUACAUAUUAUUGAGGCGGAUGACACUACUCGAUAUGUUAUUCAUUCAGGAGACCGUGUGAGGGAUGAAAACAUGGAGCACUUUUUUGCUGCUUUACAAGGUCAAGUUGUUGAGGUGCGUACAGAGGACUUCUAGUAUGUACAGUGUUUUUUUUCCUUUGAUUAAUUGUAUUGGUUUUAAACGCAGUGCACAUUAUUGCACGUCUUCUUUGUAUACAGUAAUCUUGGAGUAUUUUUGCAGGUGUAGCCAUCAUAACGCCCAUUUGUAUACAAACUCCUUAACUUUCUUUAUUUUACAUCAGCUCUUGCAGUAGUUUAACAUCUGCCUUUUGUCUUUCUCUCCAUAAAUCCACAACUCAUCAGUCCUGACAGCACACCAUCUCUUAUAUACAUUUCACUUAUUACAUACUUACAAGCCAUUUGUUGCUACAAUGCAGAAUAACCAAAAUCAUGAGGAACACAAACUCUCCCUUCAUAUACUGCAAGUCUGUCACUAACUCUGACUGCUACAACAUAUGUGCUUUGUUUUGAUGUUCUCCUUCCACAACAAGACUCCAAGACACCUAUUUCAAUGAUCCCUGUUGCUUUCUACAGCUCAGUAGCAUAUUUAUUCACUCCUAUCUUCAUUCAUUAUUUUCAUUACUGUAAUAUUGUUUCUGUUAUUUAAGACUUUACAGUAUCUCAGUAUUAAUUCAUAUCACUUGUUAAAUGUUAUUAAGUACUAAGUUUGUAUGUUCAUAAAAAAAUGUUGACUUAUCAUUUGUUGUAAAUUAAAUAAAGAU